CAACCCUCUAUCAACGUCUCCGUCUCUACACUCACGAGUUCGACGACAAGCUUUAUCUGUACCGACCUACGAACAACUGCCAAACCCAGAACUACUGAACCGAAUAUCUGCGAUGCUUUCUAGAACUAUCCGCGCUGCUUCGCGCACCGUCCUCUCUACACCUUUGCGGCCAUCGCCCGUUGCUACUCGGCAGCUCCUACCGGCGGUUUCCGUGAGCGCGACUAGAUCAUAUCACGAGAAAGUGCUUGACCAUUACUCAAGACCGCGCAAUGUUGGCACCUUGAAGGGCGAUGAUGUUGGGUCUGGGCUUGUUGGUGCACCUGCUUGCGGUGAUGUGAUGAAAAUCAACAUCCGCGUCGACCCCAAGACCAACACCAUCUCCGACGUGAAGUUCAAGACAUUUGGCUGCGGAAGCGCCAUUGCGUCCAGCAGUUAUCUGACGGAGCUCGUCAAGGGCAUGACCCUCGAGGAGGCCAGCCGAGUGAAGAACACCCAUAUCGCGCAGGAGCUCAAGCUCCCGCCUGUCAAACUCCACUGCAGUAUGCUUGCGGAAGACGGCAUCAAGGCUGCCAUCGCCGACUACUACACCAAGAAUCCGAAAGCGCAGCCUACCGACCUGUCGGGUACCGCCAAAACCUCACCUGUCGCCAAGUCUAAUUCGAGUGCCGCCACAGCUUGAGAGAGGCGGGCGAGUGUAAAAUGACUGGUGUGGCUUGGGGUGUUCAUGAUUUCCAAGUCGUGUCUCUGAAGGGAUGAUUUUCAGACCGACAGAAAACGGAGUUUGGGAAGAUUGAGGCUUCAAAAUUUUGGAAGCGCGUGAGAUCAUAGGCGCGAUCUUUGUUCUUUCUCGUCUUGUUGGAGUCAACUGUGCGGGUGCGUAACAGGGGAUUCAGCCGGCUACACAAGAUUGAGGGUCAAGCCCACGAGCAGUUUCACGUUGAGUUUGUACGAAUACACACUUGGUCAUACAGACUGGGUCGCAUGGCCAUUGCGUACAUAAGUAUCGGAUAUAUCUCACAGCGUCGUCAAUUUGUAUGUUUAAUGUACGACCAGACGUAACCAGAUAAGUCCCGCCGCCAAAUUGUUACAUAAAGCCUCCCAUUAAAGUCCGUUUGUCC